GAAUCGAUUGGUAUUCAAACAUCGUCAUUUUAAAAUGGUUCUAUCUUCAGUGAAAUGAGUUUAUUAAAAUAAAUAAUCUUAUUUCUAAUUAUGGACCGAACAAUAAAACGGUUGUGUCACGUUUUAUAAGUUAACAUCAGCAUGGAAGGGUUUACAUACGUGAUAUUAUUUUUAGUUAUUUGUAUUGAUGCUUCAGAUGCACUUCAUAAAAAUUUGAAGUAUUAUGAAAUACUUCAUUCUUCAAGUUUUCAACAUAGAAUUGUAAAACGUGGAGCUCAACAUAGUUAUCAUCCUUACAACAAAAUAAGCGAAUUGGAUUUUUACACACACGGCCGGAAUUUCCGAUUGAUUUUAACACCAAGAAAAGAAGUAAUUCAUUCCAAAUUUAAAGCAUAUGAAGUUGAUGGCGAUGGACGAGAAACAUCAGUUCACAUUGAUCAUGAUAACUUCUACCAUGGUAGAGUCUUUGGUGAAUCGAACUCACAUGUUCAGCUUAAUAUAGAUGACGAUGGUAUUUUGUUAGGAAGUAUUUCUGUACCUGAUGAUACUUAUCACAUAGAACCUUCAUGGAGGCAUUUACCAGAAAAUAGCAAUCAAUCUAUGAUUAUAUAUAAAGCAUCUGAUGUCAAGCUAAGUUGGGAACAUUAUCACAAUGGAGAAGGACAUACUCAUGGUGCUCCAAAAACCUGUGGUUAUAUAAAAGAAGACAAUGAACCAAUAGAUGUAGAUUUAAAAAUUGAAGAAACUAGUCAUAACAGAAGCAGAAGGCAAACGGAAUCAUAUGAGUAUACUCCAACUAAAACGAGAUGUCCAUUACUUCUUGUAGCCGAUUAUAGAUUUUAUCAAGAAAUGGGUGCAAGCAGCACUAAAACAACCAUAAAUUAUUUAAUUAGUCUAAUUGAUAGAGUUCAUAAAAUCUAUAAUGAUACAAUGUGGCAAGAUCAUAAGGAACAGGAUGGUUUCAAAGGGAUGGGAUUUGUAAUAAAAAAAAUAGUUGUUCAUAGUGAACCUACUAGAGUAAGAGGAGGCGAUAAUCACUACAACAUGGUGCGAGAAAAGUGGGAUGUAAGAACUUUACUGGAGGUAUUCAGUCGAGAGUACAGUCACAAAGAUUUCUGCUUAGCACACCUAUUUACAGAUUUAAAAUUUGAAGGAGGUAUUUUAGGUCUUGCGUAUGUAGGCUCACCAAGAAGAAAUUCUGUGGGGGGUAUUUGCACACCAGAAUACUUCAAAAACGGAUACACCUUGUACCUCAAUUCGGGAUUAAGUUCGAGUAGAAAUCAUUAUGGUCAAAGAGUAAUAACAAGAGAGGCUGAUUUAGUAACAGCUCACGAAUUUGGUCAUAAUUGGGGAUCGGAGCACGAUCCAGACAUAACGGAAUGCAGCCCAAGCGCGAGCCAAGGUGGCUCUUACCUCAUGUACACGUACAGCGUGAGCGGCUACGACGUGAACAACAAGCGAUUCUCGCCGUGCAGUCUUCGGGCCAUUCGCAACGUGCUGCAGGCCAAGUCGGGCAGAUGCUUCAGCGAGCCCGAGGAGUCGUUCUGCGGCAAUCUGCGCGUCGAGGGCGACGAGGAGUGCGACGCGGGCCUGCUCGGCACCGAGGACAACGACGCGUGCUGCGACAAGAACUGCAAGCUGCGCCGCAACCAGGGCGCCGUAUGCAGCGACAAGAACUCGCCCUGCUGCCAGAACUGCGCCUUCAUGGGGCCGGGCAUCAAGUGUCGCGACGCGCAGUACGCCACCUGCGAGCAGGAGUCCAGGUGCACCGGCGCCUCCAGCGAGUGUCCGCGCUCGCCGGCCAUGAAGGACGGCACGAGCUGCCUCGAGCGAGGACAGUGCCAUCAGGGCAAAUGCGUGCCCUACUGCGAAACUCAGGGCCUUACCAGUUGCAUGUGCGACACGACCGGAGACGCGUGCAAACGCUGCUGUCGUAUGGGGCUCAACGAUACUUGCUUCCCGAUCGAUCCGCAGGACAUACUGCCCGACGGAACUCCCUGCAUUCAAGGCUUUUGCAACAAGGGCACCUGCGAAAAAACCAUCCAAGACGUCGUCGAGCGCUUCUGGGACAUCAUCGAGGACAUUAACAUUAACAAAGUGAUGCGUUUUCUCAAAGACAAUAUUGUCGGGGCAGUGAUAAUAAGCACGGCGAUCGUUUGGAUACCCACGAGCUGCGUCAUAAGUUACAUCGACAAGCGACAGCUCAAAGAUACCGAGAAGAAGUACCGUUGGAAAAAUACCGAUCAACUCAUACACCCGGAGGAGCAGAGGCGCAUUAUAUACUUGGGUAGUAAUAAUGCAACGCCGCAUCGAUCUCAAGCGUCACAUUUUUCGACUCAAGUCUCUUGAGCGUAUCAAUUAGUCUUGUUUUUGAGUUUCUUUUCUUUUUUUACAAUCGUAUUAAUACUUUGAUACUUACUAGUCAUAUAAACAGAUUUUCAAUGAGUUGCCAGAUUACGCGGCAUGCCUCACCGAUACGUUACCUCGUGUAUAACUUUUUAAUAAACAGAUUACCAGUAGUAAACGUU